GCGUACACCAGCACAGCUAACUCAGUUCAUAUAUAUAAUAUCGCAUCUUAGUAGAAUCACAGGUAAUCCUAGCACUAAUCCCUGGCAAAAAAAGAAGAAAAAAAAUGAGGAAUCCAAGCCAAAUGCUCGUGCUGCUGCUGCCGCUAGAGGUGGUGGUCCUCGCCGCCAUGCUCGCGACGCCGUCGCUGGGCAGGGUGAUGGACGACAGCAAGUGCAAGUGCCUCAUGUGCGUCUGCGACGUGGACCCACACCCGCUCCCGCCGGAGCUGCCGUCGCACCACCACCCGGCGCCGCCGGAGGAGCCGGAGCCGGAGCCGACGCCCGUGUACCACUACCCUCCGCCGCACGCGGAGCCUGCGCCCGUGUACUACCUGCCGCCGCCGGGGCAGCCCGCGUACGGUGGGCAGUACCCGUACCCGUCGCAGGGGCAGUCGCCGGUGCUCGGGAUCGUGGGCACGCCGACGGUGAUGUACCCGCAGUACAUCCGGUCGGCCGCCGCUCGCCGGCGCCGGAGCCACCACGGGCUCUGUUCGCGUCUCGUUGCCUCCGCCUUGCUCGUGUCCGGCGUACUGCCACUGAUCGUGUAGCCGUUCGGUCUACUCGUCUGCUCCGUUUAUUAGUAGUAGCUGCGCAACCGCAGCAUGUGUACGGCUGUCACGUUUACUCAUUUUGCAUGUAAAAUAAAGGAUGCAAGUACUGUAUAUCAUGUAAAACUUCACCUCACGUUGAGAAUGUAAUAUGAAUUUUAUCCUUUUUCUUAGAUCGUGUUUGGAACUUGAGAAAUUUGAAUCCCACUAGAAACGUGUGAAGUUCAUGGUUUUUUCAGAGGAAUUUGAGU